AGGCGAACUUGUCAAAAAUCUAUUGUGGUGAGGUUAUAAAAAAUAAAUAAUCAAAAAAGAUCCAGAAAAUAGUAAAAAUGAAUAACCUCAAGAGAUUGUUGGUAGCUCCGAGUCUCACCAGACUGAACUCAACAGCUCCAGCUGAAUUUGUUAACAGAAACCCUCGGAACUUGGAAAAAAUAAGGAUCGCUCGGAAACCUGAUGGUUAUCACUUGGAUGCACCGGGCAGGAAGUUCUGGCACAAAUUAGAAUUAGUAGCGAGCAACCGCACUGUAACUGUCCGAGUACUGCAUUACGUGAAUGGCCCAGUCAUUGAGGCAAAGACAUCAGAGUGGGCUUUACGGAAACAGCUCUACAGUAUCAAGGACACUUCUGCUUACAUCAACUUGGGCAAAGUCUUUGCACAAAGAUGUAUAGAAAGCGGCAUCACAGAAAUGUACUGUGAUAUACAGCCUACUGAAGGCGGGAAAGUUGACAGAUUCUUAAAAGAGGUUGUCAAUGGAGGUGUCAAAUUGGAAGAACCAGAAGUGUAUAAGAAACCCUACCCUUGGGAUAGAGAAAGGCCAGAAAAACCAUGGGAAGUUGCAGAACAAUAGAUUUUAGAGUUAAUUUAUUAGUAGGUAAAUAGGUGAUAAUAAAAGAAAUAAUUUUUAA